GCUUUAAACCCGUUUGGAUCAGAAUUUCUCCGGGUUCUGAUCCGGUUCCUAAACCCAAAGACAGAAACGACCCAAAAACUGAAAAAGCCCUGAUGCACUUGUUCACUUCCGAUACCUUUAGUAUCAGAACCAGAGAACCGGAUCAGAUCAGAACCAGGGAACCGGAUCAGAACCAGGGAACCGGGUCAGAACCAGUUCUGUCUGUGCUUGCAGAAGGAGCGGCGGCUCCUGGAGAACCGGCGUUUGGACCUGGACAUCUGCAAAGCCCGUCUGAAGAAAGCCAAGCAGGCCGAAGCCAAGGCAGCGGCGACUCCAGACUUCCAGGAGACGCGGCCGAGGAACUACGUCCUGUCGGCCAGCGCGUCGGCGCUGCUGAGCGAGGAAGUGGACAAGGCGGAGCUGGAGCUGCGUGUGGCCCAGACCGAGUUCGACCGGCAGGCGGAGGUGACCCGGCUGCUGCUGGAGGGAAUCAGCAGCACACAUCUGAACCACCUCAGGUGUCUGCAGGACUUUGCGGAGGCUCAGGCCACGUACUUCGCUCAGUGUCAUCACUACAUGCAGGACCUGCAGAGGGAGCUGAACAGAUGUGCGAACUCAGCCGUCGGCCCCCCGCUGCCCUCCGGCCCCCGACCCGGUUCCGACCGCCUUCCCGUCCGGCCGCCUGUCUCCCGGCGCCUCGGGCUCCAGGAAGGCCAAGGUUCUGUACGGACUACGACGCUCACGACGCCAGAGAACUGUCCCUGCUGGCCGACGAGGUCAUCACUGUCUACACGGUACAGGAAUGGAUCCUGAUUGGCUGGUUGGAUGAGCGGGGCAACGAGAAAGGCAAAGUACCUGUUGACCUACCUGGAGCUGCUAAGCUAAUGGACCGUUAG